CAAGGGCAAUAAAGUGACUAGAUAAAAAGUCUACACAAUGGCUGCGACAGGAGUUGCUCCCCAGCACAAUUCGGUGUCGAAUUUAUUUGAAUCUCUCAGUUAUGGACCAGCACCAGAAGCUGACAACGUUGCAAAAGCCUGGUUAGAAGAUCAUCAAAGAGAUUUUGGUCAUUUUAUUGAUGGUAAAUGGUAUAAACCAGCUGGUGAAAGAAAGAAAUAUACAACUAAAUCACCUGCUACAGGUGAAGAAUUAACUGCCACAAUACAAGGAAAUGAAGAAGAUGUUGAAACUGCUGUGUCUGCUGCACGUCAAGCAUUUAAAUCAUGGAGUACACUGGCCCCACAUGUUAGAGCUAGACAUUUAUACAGUAUUGCUAGACAUGUACAGAAACAUCAAAGAUUAAUCAGUGUUAUAGAAGCUAUAGAUAAUGGUAAACCUAUCCGAGAAACAAGGGAUGCGGAUAUUCCUCUUGUUGUUCGCCAUUUUUAUCAUCAUGCCGGCUGGGCACAGUUAAUGGAGACUGAGAUGAGGGGAUGGAAACCUGUUGGUGUGGUAGCAGCCAUUGUACCAUGGAAUUUUCCUCUAAUGUUGUUAACCUGGAAAGUUUGUCCAGCAUUAGCUAUGGGUAACACAGUUGUAUUAAAACCAGCAACCUAUACACGAUUAUCAGCACUGUUGUUUGCUGAGAUUUGUGCAGAAGCUGGUCUACCACCCGGGGUAUUUAAUGUAGUAACAGGAAAUGGUGCGUUUGGUGGACAGCUAGCAGGACAUCCUGAUGUGGAUAAAGUUGCUUUUACUGGUUCUACAGAAGUAGGUCAGGUAUUAAGAAGAUCUACAGCAGGAUCUGGUAAAAAGAUAUCAUUAGAAUUAGGUGGUAAAUCUCCAGUAGUUGUAUUUGAUACAGCUGAUUUAGAUAGCACUGUUGAAGGUGUAGUAGAUGCUAUAUGGUUUAAUCAGGGACAGGUAUGUAGUGCUGGGUCACGUCUAUUGGUACAGGAGUCUGUCAUAGAUAAACUAGUCUCUAAAUUAAAGGAAAGAAUGUCACAUCUACGUCUUGGUGAUAGUCUAGAUAAAGCUAUAGAUAUGGCAGCCAUUGUAGAUGAGUCUCAGAAACGAAGUAUAGAUGAAUUUGUUCAGAGUGCUCGACAAGAGGGAGCAGAGGUACAUCAAGCUAAUAUCAGUAUACCAUGUAGAGGUUGUUUUUAUCCACCAACUUUAAUAACUGGUGUACAGACUGUCUCUAGAGUUGUAGUAGAGGAGAUUUUUGGGCCUGUUCUCGUCGUUCUACCAUUUCGCACGGCCAAAGAAGCCAUUUCUCUAGCUAAUAAUACACAAUAUGGUUUAGGUGGUAGUGUAUGGACUGAGAAUAUUAGUUUAGCUAUGGAAGUUGCAUUAAAUAUUAAAGCAGGAGCUCUAUGGAUCAACAGUCAUAAUGUAUUUGAUGCUGCAGCAGGAUUUGGUGGUUAUAAACAAAGUGGUUAUGGAAGAGAUGGUGGUAAAGAAGGAUUAUAUGAAUAUGUCCGUCCAUAUUGGGAAGAAAGGGCUCGUCCCAGUGAUGUAGAAAGUUUUAACGUGAAGACAUUUGGGAAUACAUUACCACCUAGACCUUCUGUUACUGAUAAUAACCCUGCUGCUACAGAAACAGAUACACCCAGUAUUGAUAGAACCUAUAAAUUGUAUUAUGGUGGAGCACAGAAAAGACCUGAUGGUCAAUAUUCUCGACCAAUUAGAAAUCCAGAUGGAAAGGUUGUAGGGUUAGUAGGAGAAAGUAAUAGAAAGGAUGUUCGUAAUGCUGUAGAAGCAGCACAUAAAGCAGCACCAGGAUGGGGAAAGAGAGCAGCCCAUAAUCGCGCCCAGAUAGUAUAUUAUAUGGCUGAGAAUUUAGAAGUACGACGUGAAGAGAUAGCUGGUAGAAUAAAUAGUAUGUGUGGUAAAUCUAUAGAUGAUAGUAGACUAGAGGUGGAUCAAGCUAUACAACGAUUAUUUUACUGGGGUGCAUACUGUGAUAAAUAUGGUGGAACUGUUCAGGAAACAACAUUAUAUGGAGCUACAGUAAAGGUACAUGAAUCUGUAGGAGUUAUAGGUGUAGCAUGUCCCGAUGAUUUUCCUCUGCUGGGUUUUGUAUCCUUGUUUGCACCAGCUGUUAUUAGAGGAAAUGCUGUAAUUGUUGUACCUAGUGAAAAAUAUCCUCUAGUAGCUCUUGAUUUUUACCAGGUAUUUGAUACAUCUGAUUUACCAGGAGGUGUGGUCAAUAUUUUAACUGGGAAUCGUGAUCAUCUCUCUAAAUAUCUUUCGGAACAUCAAGAUGUACAAGCUAUGUGGUAUUUUGGAACGGCAGAGGGAUCAAAGUUCAUAGAACAUGCAUCAGCCGAAAAUCUGAAGAGAACUUGGGUAAAUUAUGGCGUAGAACGAAAUUGGAGUGAUGAAGAACAGGGACAGGGAGAGGAAUUUCUCUAUCAAUCUGUUCAAGUUAAAAAUAUUUGGAUACCUAUGGGAGACAUAUUUGCCAACUGAACAUCUACUUUUGCUUUAUGAUUUAUAAUGUCGAAUAAAAUAUUGUCAGGGAUAUUUUUACUAAUAUUAUUAUGUAAAGUAAUUUUUUUGUAUUAAAGGUGCUUUAAUGUUCAGUAUAUAUAUAAAUCCAUUUUAUUGUUACAUAAAUUAUGUAUGUGAUUAUCUUUAUUUUUGUGUCAUAUAUUUGUUUUGAUAUGUCUAUAUAUAUUUUAUAGGCUUGAUCUGAUAUGUAAGCUUUAAUGAAAUACAGGAAGUUGUUUUUAGGCAAAUACCAAUGGCAAAGUGAUUUUACAAGAAAGAUGUUAAAAUUUAUAUUUUAUUUGUUCUUUUUACCAUCAGUAUGUAACUUGGUGAGAUAUGUUUUAGAAAUAUGCCUGUAAAAUCUUUUUUUAAAAAAGAACAAUUCAUAUGACAUUUAUUAGUUUUGCUAGAAAUAUAUAAUAUAGAGAACUAUAGAAUCUUGCCAAAAAGAGCAUCUCUAGUCGAUUUUAUUUUAAUAUUACUUUUCAGAUAAAAAAACCCAAAAAACAAAACAAUCUGCGAUAUUAGAAUGAUGUUUCUAGACUGCAUAAACCCACCACA